AUGGAAAAUAAUUAAGAAGGAAAUAAUUAUAAUGAAACUGAAGAAGAACAUUAAUAAAAUGAACCUUAAGAGACUGAAAAAAAUGUUUAAUAAUAAAACUCAAACGUUAAACAAUAAGACAAUUCCCCUUAAAAAUAAAAUAGGGACUAGCAAAAUAAUAAAUAACAAUAAGAAAGUAAUCCAGAGGGUGAAGAGUAAUUUGAUGAAGAAAAUAUCGAUGCUAAUUCAUUUACUCCUAGAAUGAAAGAAGCAUGCAAAAGAGAAGGAUUUAAGAAGGAGGAUUUAAUAGAAAAAGGCAAAGACCUGAUUAUAUAUAUGUUGAAAUAAAAGGAUCCAUCAGGUAAUGAACAUUGAUUUUCUAAAGGCUAAUUGGCAAACGAGGAUGUUAUAUAAAUGGUAUUCGAUCAUUUCGAGGAAAAACGCCGAUAGAAGAUAUAACUUGUACGUCAGAUGAGACAAAAAAUCUUGUAGGAAGAAUCGCAAGGACUAUGGCCUAACUAGAUGUCUAACUCUAGUGUUUUCAGAAGUACUUCAUCUUUAGCUGAAAAACGAGAGAAACUAUUAAGUAGCAUUCGCAAAAGGUAAGAAUUAGAAAUAGAAAAAAUAAUUAAUUCAGAAUAGAAAAUGGAAGAAUUGACUAGAAAUAAUGCUGAAAAAGAAAAAAGAAUUUAAGAAAAGGAAAAAUAAAGAGAAUUGAAAAUUUAAUGGUAAAAAGAAUAGGCAGAAAAAAAAAGAUUAUAAUUGGAAGAAGAAAGAAGAAAAAAGGAAGAAGAAGAAAAGAGAAUUUAAUUAGAAUUAGAAGAAUAAUAUAAAAUUAAAGAUUAAAAAAGAAAAUAGAGAGAAGAAGAAUUAGAGAGAAGGAGAAAAGAGGAAAAUAAAUUUAAAGAAGAAUAAAGAAUUGAAAAAUAAAAAAAAAUUUAGUAAGAUAGAGAAUAAUUCUUAUAACGUUAAUAAGAAAUUUAAGAUAUUAGAUUAAAAGAGUUAUAAGAGAAAGAUUUAAGAAGAUCAUAAAAAUUUGAAGAAGAGAGAUUAAAAAGGAUAGAGAGAGCAGAAUAAGAAAGAUUAGAAUAAGAAGCUAAAUUAGAAUAGGUUCGAAGAUUAAAUGAAGAAUAAUUAAAUAAAAAAAGAUUAGAUUAUGAAGAAAAACAAAAAUUUGUUGAAUAAUAAAGAUAAUAUUUUGAAACAUAAUAGUAAGAAUAUAAAAAAUAGAAAGAAAAAGAAGGAGAAAUUAAAUAAGAAGAAAUAAACAAGAUUUUAAAAUAAAAUGAAGAAUAGAUGAGAAAAAAAAUAUAAGAUUAUGAAAAAAAACAACAGGAAUUAUAAUUAAAAAAGAAAAAAUAAGAAGAGGAAUAAAAAUCAUUAUAAUUGGAAAAAUAGAAAUUAUUCUAAGAGAAAGAAAGAAAGAUUCAUGAAGUUUUAAUUAGAAAUGAAUAAUAAGCUGAAUAACAUAAAAAUGAAUUAUUAAAAAAAUUAGAUUAAGCUAAAGUUAAAUGUGAAAGAAUUGAAAAAGAGAAAUAAGAGGAAUUAACAAGAAAAUUAGCAAUAGCCUUUAUUAAAGAUUUAGAUAAAUAAGAUAAUUUACAAAGACGUGAAUAAUUAGAUGAACUUAGAAAAGAAUAACUUGAAUAAAGAAUUAAGCAAGAUUUGAUUAAAAGUUAAUAAAUUUAAGUAGAAAAAGAACAUUUAAUUAAAAUGAGUGAAUAAUUAAGAAAAGAGGCAGAAGAAAAGAGACAAUAAUAACUCUUAGAAAUUGAAAAAGAAAAAAAGAAGAAACAUUCAAUGAAUUCUCAUCGAAUCAUAACAGAUAUGAGUAAAUCUAAAUUAUCAAAUCGUGCAGGUUAAGAAUGA